AUGUUGUCAAGACAAAACUUUCUCGCUAUCUUCCCCUUCUUCUUUUGCUUCUUCUCUAGCUCUUCAUCCAACCCCGAUUUUAUUACAUUACUCUCCUUCAAAUCUUCCUUGUUAGAAUCACCAAACGUGUUAUCCACCUGGGAAAACUCAACUAACCCGUGUACUGAUUCUUGGCUUGGUGUCACAUGCAACCCCACAACUCAGCGAGUCACGAAACUGGUACUUGAGAACCUGAAUCUUACUGGGUCGAUCGAUGAGUUGAGUCAACUCACUCAGCUCAGACUCUUAAGCUUAAAACAAAACCAUCUUUCCUCUGCUUUCGAUUUGAACUUCUCUUCCUUGAAAAACCUCAAGCUCCUUUACCUCUCUCACAACCGUAUUUCCGGAAAUUUCCCCACUGGAAUCCACUUUCUUCGGCGUCUCCGGAGACUCGACCUUUCGUAUAAUUACUUUUAUGGCGAGAUUCCACUCAGCGAGUUGACUCAGUUGCCUCGGUUACUAACUCUUCGUCUAGAAUUCAAUUCAUUCACUGGAAAGAUCAAACCUUUCAGUUUUUUUCCAUCUGGGUCAAUCUUGGACUUCAAUGUUUCGAAUAAUUAUCUCUCCGGCGAGAUUCCGUCGAGUUUUUCACGUUUCCCGGCGAGUUCUUUUUCCGGAAAUAAGAAUCUUUGUGGUAAACCGCUGGCGUUAGAUUGUUUUCAUCGGACGGUGGAGAGUGAGCCAGCAAAAUCAGGUGAUGUAGGGUUGAAGAAUAAAAGGAAGGACGGAGUGAGUGAUUGGGUUGUGUUACUGAUUAUUACUGUUGACGCGGUUGCAAUUUUGGCGGCUCUCGUGACUAUCGCUUGCUGUUGUUACUAUAAAAAAAGACGAAGCAGUGGGGCCCAUGAAGGAAUCAAAAGGAAAGUUGGGUCAGCUGGGUCCUUCAAUUCAAUGGGUGGAUUUUACGGUGGCGGUGGUGAUGAGGUGAUGGUGGUGUUUGAUGGGUGCAAAGGUUUUGGUGAUGUGGAUGAUUUGUUGAAGUCUUCGGCUGAGUUGUUAGGAAAAGGGUGUGUGGGGACCACUUAUAAGGUGUUGAUGGAUGGUGGUGAUGUGGUGGUUGUGAAGAGGGUGAAGGAGAGGAGAAAGAGGAAGGAGGUUGACGGGUGGUUGAGGAUAAUUGGUGGGAUAAGGCAUUCUAAUAUUGUGAGCUUAAGAGCUUAUUGUAAUUCUAAUGAGGAGUUGCUUUUGGUCUAUGAUUUUCUACCAAAUGGAAGUUUACACUCUCUCUUGCAUGGGAACAGAGGACCAGGGAGGACUCCAUUGGACUGGACGACAAGGUUAAAACUAGCUACAGGUUCUGCACUUGACCUUGCAUUUCUACAUGGCUACAACAAAGCCAAGCUUUUCCAUGGGAACCUUACAUCAUCGAACAUUAUAGUUGAUCGCUUGGGAAAUGCUUGUAUUUCUGAAAUUGGUCUCCACCAACUCCUGCAUCCCUCAUCUAUCUCAAACAGUGCUUAUAAAGCUCCAGAGCUAAUGUCCAACAACCAGAAUACUGUCAACCAAAGAAGGUUUACACAAAAAUGUGAUGUUUAUAGCUUCGGGGUGAUUUUGCUUGAGAUAUUGACAGGGAAAAUGCCGAAUGGAGAAGGAGAAACAAGUUUAGUGAAGUGGGUUCAAAGAGUGGCAAGAGAAGAGUGGACUUGGGAGGUGUUUGAUUUUGAGUUGUUAAGGUAUAAGGAAAUGGAGGAGGAGAUGGUAGGUCUUAUGCAAGUUGCUUUGCUUUGCUUGGCUCCAUUGCCAAGAGACCGUCCAAGGAUGAGCAUGGUGCAUAUGAUGAUUGAAGAUAUUAGGAGCAAGGGAGGAAGACAAUUAGGUGACCGGAAUUCCAUAAUGAAUGAUCAUUCUUCUGAUUUAUCUCCUUCUCUAUCAGAAAGCACCAUCAAUUUCACCAGUGGGGGUUGA